AAAAAAAAAAACAGUAGACAACACUUGCAAAUCGAAACGAAACGCUGGCUGAAGAAAAGCAGGCGAAGGCAACAUAAUCAAAGCACAUACGAAUGUGACAGUCUACACAGUUCGAAUACGGGUUUGAUUGAGCGAUUUGCACAACACGCGAAUAAUAUUUAAAAUAGCGGAGUACAACCAAAUUCGAUGCCAUGAGCGCCAACAAACCAAGCGAGGCAACAACACCGUCAAGUGCAGCCGCCAGCGAGGCGGAUGCCGAAACAUCGGAUGCCGCCACAGGAACAGCGGCUGCAAUUACGACUGACGACUCUGCCACACUAGAAGCUGAGGCGGGGUUGGCCGAACUGAAUCAGUUCAUCGGCGAGCUGCAGGAGAAGAUCGACGCAAAGCGUCAGCUGCGCCAGCAGAAUGCCAACUUUGAGCUGCCCGGCGAUGAGUAUUUUGCGCGCCUCGACUCCAGCCUGAAGAAGAAUACGGCAUUUGUGAAGAAGCUAAAGGUCUUUACGAGCACACAGCUGGAGGCGCUGCUGCGCGAACUCUCCGCCUUGAAUCUGAGCAAAUACAUUUCCGAAAUAUGUGCUGCACUGGCCGAGGCCAAGCUAAAGAUGACAGAUGUGCCUGCUGUGGUGACAUUGGCCUCCAAGCUGCACUGCACCUACGCGGACUUCAAUACGCAGUUUCUUGAGGCAUGGCAGAAGGCACUUAAUAUCAAAGCGUCCGAGAAGAUAAGCAAUCCGAGUAAAUUGCGCGUGGAUUUACGUCUGUUCGCCGAGCUGGUCAGCUCUGGCGUCAUCCAGAUGAAGCCGGGCUUGGCACUGCUGGGCAUGGUGCUGGUGCAGCUGAUAGCCCAGGACAAGGACGAUCAUAGCAACUUUUCCAUAAUACUAUCCUUUUGCCGCCAUUGCGGCGAGGAAUAUGCCGGCCUGGUGCCACAGAAGAUGCAACAGUUGGCCAACAAAUAUCAAGUGGAGGUGCCCAAAUCGGAUUUUCUGAGCGCCGACAAGCAGCUAAAUCUGCGCACCAUGCUCAAGGGCUAUUUUAAGGCGCUCUGCAAGCACGUCCUGGCCGAGCAGGCCGCAUUAAUGAACAUGACCAAAAACAUACGCCGCACCAUGGAGUGCAAGGGCGAAAUAAGCCAGGAGAAACGCGAGAAAUGUGAACUGAUGCAGGCGAGCUUUGACAAGCUGCUCGCCUCGGCCCAAUCGCUGUCGGAGCUGCUGGGCGAACCGCUGCCGGAGCUGACCAAAGAAUCCGAAUGCUGCAAUCCGGGCACUGUCAUUGACAAUAUGCUGGACAGCGCCGCCUUUGGCACACUGGAUCCCUGGGGCGAUGAGGAGACGCGCGCUUUCUACACGGAUUUGCCCGAUUUGCGUCAGUUUCUGCCAAACUUUUCGGCACCCAAAGUCGAUCUGGAGACAUUAGAAGAGCCCAGCGAGCUGACCGAGGAGGCUAUCGAUGCCAAUAUCGAUGCGGAACUCGACAUGGAUGAUCCGCCGUCAACGGCCAGCGACACGGCCCUCGACAAGGAGCAGGAGGAGCAGCCAACAGCUGCUACACCCACGGCUGAGGCGGCAGCUGCAACAGCCGGAGCUGCAGCUACUGCACCUGCUGUGCCGAUUGACAAGAAAAUGGGCAGCGCACUCAUGGAGUUGGGUCGCCAGCAGCAGCAGCAGCAACAACAGCAAACGCAGCAACAACAACAGGCACAAUCGCAGAGCCAACAGCUGCGCCAGCAAUUCGACGUGUUCCUUCUGAAUCUGUUCAAUUGCGUUAACAAGGAGCUGAUCGAUUCGGCGGCAAUCGAAUUUCUGCUUAAUUAUAAUACAAAGCAUCAGCGCAAGAAGCUAACCAAGACGAUUUUUAGUGUGCAGCGUACGCGUCUCGAUAUAUUGCCAUAUCUGUCGCGAUUUGUGGCAAUUGUGCACAUGUGCAACACGGAUGUGGCCGCUGAUCUGUCCGAUUUGCUGCGCAAGGAAUUCAAAUGGCAUAUACGCAAGAAGAACCAACUGAAUAUCGAGUCCAAGCUGAAGAUUGUCCGUUUCAUUGGCGAACUGGUCAAGUUUGGGCUGUUCAAGAAAUUCGAUGCCUUGGGCUGCCUGAAGAUGCUGUUGCGCGACUUUAUACACCAUCACAUCGAGAUGGCGUGCGCCUUUGUGGAGGUCAGCGGUGUCUAUUUAUAUAACUGCCGGGAUUCGCGUCUCUUGAUGAACGUCUUUCUUGAUCAGAUGCUGCGCAUGAAAACGGCAACGGCCAUGGAUUCACGCCAUGCGGCACAAAUCGAGAGCGUCUAUUAUUUGGUUAAGCCGCCAGAAUCGGCUAAGCGUGAGAUAACACCACGCCCGCCCAUGCAUGAGUAUAUACGCCAUCUGAUCUUUGAGGAGCUGUGCAAGCAGAAUGUCGAGCGUUGCAUCAAAAUGCUGCGACGCAUCAAUUGGCAGGAUCCGGAGAUAAGCAGCUAUGCCAUCAAGUGUCUCAGCAAGGCAUAUCUGUUGCGCUUUCCGCUCAUACGCUGCCUGGCCGAUCUUGUCUCUGGGCUGAGCUCCUAUCAGCCGCGCGCUGUCACCAUUGUCAUUGACAAUGUGUUUGAGGAUAUACGCGCCGGGCUGGAGAUACACUCGCCCAAGAUGUCGCAGCGUCGCAUCGCCAUGGCCAAAUAUCUGGGCGAGAUGUAUAACUAUAAGCUGGUCGAGUCAACGCAUAUACUUAAUACACUGUAUUCGAUAAUAUCGCUCGGCGUGACAUUGGAUCAGUCUGUGAUCUCGCCGCUGGAUCCGCCCGAGAGUCUAUUUCGCCUUAAGCUGGCCUGCAUGCUGCUGGACACCUGCGGCCCCUACUUUACCAGCCAGGCCACACGCAAAAAAUUGGACUACUUUUUGGUGUUCUUGCAGCACUAUUAUUGGCACAAGAAAUCGCAUCCGGUGUUCAGCAAAUCGGAGAACACCUCGGAUCUCUUUCCCAUACUCGUCGAUCACACCUAUCGCGACUGUUUGGCCGGGGUGCGACCGAAGCUCAAGCUGUAUAAGAAUCUGGAGCAGGCCAAGGAGGCAAUUGAUCAGCUGCAGGAGCAACUGUAUCCACAGCUUAAGGCCAGCAAUAAUGCUCAGGAUGCCAGCCUGACGACCAUUAGCGAAAUCAACGAAUUGGACGAGGGCGUUACGGAUGAUUCAGCUGGCUCAUCGAAUGAUCAGCGCGAACGUCAGGCUGCUGGUGGCUCGGAGGCCGAUCAGGCGAACGAUUGGACUGAAUAUGAGGCGGAGCCAGCGCCGCCGCCACCGCCGCCAGAGAAAUCCAAAGAGGAUCUUGAAUUUGAGCAAAUGUACGAAAAGAUGACCAGCGAUUCGUAUCAGGAGCGUCUCAAGGAGCCGCCACUCAAAGCCACCAACAAAGAUAUACCUGUGCCCAUGAUGGCACGCCUGCAAAAGAAAUCCUACGACCAGUUAAUGGGCAACAAUGUGCCACAGAUCUCAAAGGCCUGCGCCAAUGCUGCCGCCGCGUCUGCCGCCAACGCCAAUGCCAAUGCCAAUGCCCACGCCCAUGCCUCGGAUAGCGCUAACAAUUUACCAGCAAACGCAGCCGCAUGCAGCGAUCCGCCUGCUGCAGAGGGUGGUGGCGGCGGCGGCGGCGGCGGCAGCGGUAGCGGUAGCAAGGGCAGCGGCGCUGUGUCCUUUGUGCUGAUGGUGCGCGGCAAUAAGGGCGGCAAGCAGCAGUUCAAGUCAUUUGUGGCCCCAUCGGACUCCCAGCUGGCCAUCAAUCUAAGGCUUCAGGAGCAGAAGACGCGAGAGGAGAAAGAGAAGGUGAAACGUCUUACGCUAAACAUAACCGAACGCAUCGAGGAGGAGGAUUAUCAGGAGUCGCUGCUGCCGCUGCAACAGCGCAACUUCACACAGAGCUAUUACCAGAAGCCCAACAAGCACAAGUUCAAGCAUCAAAAGGGUGCACCCGACGCAGAUUUGAUCUUUCACUAAGUGUCACCUGUUACAGUCGCCUGGUUGCCAAAGCGUUAUCAAACAGACCAACAAACAGCGCCUGUCUGCCCAACGCCUGCCCGACCGAUCGACCGACCGCCCUACCGCCCGACUGCCUGCCUGCCUGCCUGCCUGUCUGCUCGCUCAGACGCUCCAAGAGCAAUCAAUGCAAAGAUAUCUCUAUGUAUGUCCAGAGCCAUAGACUGGCGUUCACAAGAUGCCUUCAAUUGCAUAUGGGCAGACGGACUAGCCAAUGCCCAACUAUGUUUGUGUACCCAUUGUUAGCUCCUUUAUAUUGUUGUGGAACGUACUUAAGUUGGAGUGUUCUUAUCACGCCAAGGCGUCUAUGGCGAGCCUAGGCUCACACACUUACACACACACACACAAAUGUGUAUACAUAUAUAUAAGUAUAUAUAUCUGUAUCUCUAUAUAUAUAUAUUUAUAUAUACAUAUAUAUAUGUACGGCUAAUAUGUGUUAUUCAUAAUUCUAUGGUUAUGUACAUAGACUUAUAAAGAUUUUAUAAUUGUGUAGAUAAUAGCAGCGCCCAGACUUGUUAAGAAAACAUAUUUUGUUUUUUUAUUCAAUAAACAAAACCCAAAAAUCAAAAUUUUCACGCAACAUCUUCUUAAUAAGCACCAUAAACUCAACUCUAUGAGAUGCGUUCGCUUAACAUAAAGGAAAUUGUUAGUUUUCCCAAAACUCUGUUGAAGAAAACUUUUAUAAAAAACUUUUAAAUAUUGUCAGAAAAAAAAAGAAAAAAAAACACAGGUCUUAUUCUCGUUAACAUGAAUGACUCGUAAGAGAUAUAAGUAUUUUUUACUUUUACAAUGAAUUUAACAAAAAGGAACUUGUAAGAUCUUUUCCGAAGAUCACUUUCAUAAACACUUCUUAAUUAUAUUAUCAAUUGUAUUAUGAUUGUUUACUUGAGCGACUAGUAAAAUAUAUAAAUUAUUUCAUUUUAACAAGGAAGAACGCAAAAUAGAACUAAGAGAGAUCUGUUUGCUUAACAAAAAGGAACUUGUAAGUUCUCCGAGAUCUCUCUCCUGAAGUGCACUCACAAACAGCUCUUAAAUAUUACCAAGCAGUGGUAAUAAGUAAUUUUUAACUUAACAAGAACAACUUAUUUAACAAAAAUAAACUCGUAAGUUCUUCAGCAUUUCUCUACUGAAGAAGACUUUCACAAACAGUA